CGGCUCGCGGCCUAGCCCGGUCGUGCUCGGGUGCUCCCUCAGGUCGCGGCCUAGGCCACUGACAGGCGGGACCGGGGGGUGAAGGGGAGCUGGGAGCUGCAGGGCUGCGGAUGGAGUCAACACUGGGGCUGUCGACUGUGAGCGGACACUUGGUGCUCGGAAUGAGAGGGGGAAGGUGAAGAGCGAGCUCACUCCUUAUCCAGUUCAGUGACCUGACUGCGAUCUCCCUCCACCACGCCUAAACACAUCAGGAGAUAAUUCCUUUGUUACUGAAGCUGCACAUCACUGAUCCUAACCGCAUUGACACCACCGGACACUCUAUGAUCACACCAUCAGGAAUGGAAUUCAAAUAGCUUCUUCCGAUGUCUCUUGAAUGAAAAUGUUUGCCAAUAUUCCAGAAGCGAAUAUGAUGUAUUUGUGAAGAUGGCCACUCUCACACGACAAGAUCUCAAUUUUGGACAAGUGGUUGCAGACGUACUCUGUGAAUUUCUGGAAGUGGCUAUUCAUUUGAUUUUGUACGUCAGGGAGGUGUAUCCAAUUGGUAUCUUUCAGAAGAGGAAGAAGUACAAUGUACCUGUACAGAUGUCGUGUCACCCAGAGCUUAACCAAUACAUUCAGGAUACUCUGCACUGUAUCAAGCCUUUGAUUGAGAAGAAUGAGGUGGAUCGGGUGGUGGUGGUGAUCCUGGAUAAAGAGCAUCAUCCUGUGGAGCGCUUUGUCUUUGAGAUAUCUCAACCUCCUCUGCUGUCUGUCAGCUCUGACUCAUUGCUGUCCCGUGUUGAGCAGCUCCUUCGAGCUUCAAUUCUGAAGAUCAGUGUCUGUGAUGCAAUUCUGGAUACUAACCCUCCAGGCUGUACCUUUACUGUGCUGGUUCAUACAAGAGAUGUUGCCACUCGGAACAUGGAGAAGAUUCAGGUGAUAAAGGAUUUCCCAUGGAUUCAUGCAGAUGAACAAGAAGUGAAUAUGCGAGAACCUAGGCUAAUUCCGCUGAAAACCAUGACUUCAGAUAUCUUAAAGAUGCAAUUAUAUGUUGAAGAGAGAGCUCAGAAAAUAUUUUGACUCCAUGGCUGCAAUACCAAGUGGAACAUAAGUCCUAAGGCACUGGGUGUACUUCGUCACUGAAAUUUGUUGCACACAGAAGAAAACGUAUGAAACGUGAAACCUAAUAUGGAAUCAUAUCCUGAAAUGGAAUUUGUGGAUGGGUUUUAACACUUUUGUAUUGUGAUGAUAGCUUGUAGUUUGACUAUGUGCAUGUGUUGUGCUGACUGCAUUAAGUGUGAAGUGAACUUGGCUACAAAUUAAAAGGCUGAGUCAGGGUUAGAAAAUGACUGAUUGCACAUUUCAAGAUAUGGUCAGUAGACUAUCCAAGAAUGGUGUAUGUCAAUGUAAUGAUACCAUACAAAUGUAUAAGCUACAAUUUAGAAACUACAGUGCUGACAUCUGUCAGCUUCUUUGAAGAAUUACUCAUCUGUAAGAAGUCUGUAUCUUUCAAGGGGAGAGAGCAGGACCUUGAAGGAGAGCAGUUUUAUUCUAUUAGGGAGUGAACCUAGUACAAGAAUUUUUUUUAUAAAAAUCUAAAUGUGAGGCAGGUGUGUUUUUUAACUUUAAAAUAACAAAUGAGGAACGGAAAUAAAUAAAAUGAUCACUUUUUAAUC